UGACGCCGCGCGCCUCCGCGCAGCCGCGCCACUUGAGCCUCGCGGGCCGCCGUCGGUGGGCGGAAGCCGGGCGAAGCCGCCCGCGACGUCGCGCCGGGGCUGCGUGCGUCCGCCUUUCCCCUCCCUCGCCCUGCUCGGCGUUGAUGGCGGCGGCGAUUAUGGCGGCGGAGCAGGAAGCCGCGAAAGGCGGCGGCAGGAACCGCGGCGGCGUGCAGCGCGUGGAGGGCAAGCUGCGCGCCAGCGUCGAGAAGGGCGACUACUACGAGGCGCACCAGAUGUACCGGACGCUCUUCUUCAGGUAUAUGUCACAAGGAAAACAUGCGGAAGCAAGAGAACUAAUGUAUUCAGGGGCUUUGCUCUUCUUCAGUCAUAACCAGCAGAAUAGUGCUGCUGAUCUGUCCAUGCUGGUUUUAGAGGCUUUGGAGAAAUCGGAUGCAAAAGUAGCAGAUGACCUUUUAGAAAACUUGGCUAAGUUGUUUAGUUUAAUGGAUCCCAAUUCUCCCGAAAGAGUGGCUUUUGUAUCCAGAGCACUAAAAUGGUCUAGCGGGGGAUCAGGAAAACUUGGACAUCCAAAACUACACCAGUUACUAGCAAUUACCCUGUGGAAAGAGCAAAACUAUAGUGAAUCUCGGUAUCACUUCUUGCACUCCACAGAUGGCGAAGGAUGUGCAAAUAUGCUGGUAGAAUACUCCUCGUCCAGGGGAUAUCGCAGUGAGGUGGACAUGUUUGUAGCACAGGCAGUACUACAAUUUCUCUGCUUAAAAAACAAGACCAGCGCCUCGGUGGUUUUCACAACGUACACACAGAAACAUCCUUCGAUAGAGAAGGGCCCGCCCUUUGUUCAGCCACUGCUCAACUUCAUCUGGUUUCUGCUGCUGGCGGUUGAUGGAGGAAAACUAACAGUAUUUACAGUAUUGUGUGAACAGUAUCAGCCUUCACUGAAAAGAGAUCCCAUGUAUAAUGAGUACCUAGACAGAAUAGGACAGCUUUUCUUUGGGGUCCCACCCAAGCAGACGUCGUCCUACGGAGGAUUACUAGGAAAUCUUUUAAACAGCCUGAUGGGAACUGGAGAAGACGACGACACAGAAGAUGGUCAGGAAGAUAGCAGUCCCAUCGAGCUCGACUGAAUGUUGCUGUCAUUGGGUGCCGUGUAAAUCUGAUGGUUUGAUGACUCCAAAGACAGCUUUGGAAUUUGAAUCCUGCAGUUGUUUCUUGGUGCCUAAAAGGGCUCCUCUGGUCUUUUAGAAUUGGUCGCUGAAAUGUUUAUAAUGUUCGGUCUAUAUUAUUUAUGUUAAAAACAGAAAGAAACCAACAAAAAAGUAGCCAAAUGAACCAAUGGGAGCAGUUGUUAGCAGGUUUCUGAUACAGCAGCUGGUGACUGGUUUCAAAUAUAGUCUUCUACGGUUUCUGAUGCAGUAUUCCCUUUUGCACAGUAAUUCUGUCAAGUAAUUCUCUGGGUCUCGUACCUCACAGUACCGUCUUUGUUACGGGAGCCUCCUUGACCUCUGCUACCUCCCAGGAAGAUCUCCACAGGCAGGGUCAUCAAUUGAAUCAUUUAUUUGUGAGGCUGGUGCCAAAAGUACUGCGAGACAAGCCAAGCAGCAUAACUUGAGAUGCAGGUCCAAAAGAGCCAUUGACACCAGGAGCCUUCCUCCCCUGCUGUGAGUAACACAUCCGCACCACCUUUCACUCACUCCCCUUGAAGCCUGGCCCUGGCCCAGCCAAUACUUCCUGAAAAGCACAAGAUUGAAUUGCUCUCCAGUAAAAGCCCAUCAGUGGAGUGCAGGUAAUUGGCUUCCACACGGAUCUGUUUUGCCUAGGUAUAAAAAUGUGGCUUCUCAAAUACCUCCUGUGGCUCAUGGCUCCGCUCCUUUGGAACAGAUUCUUUCUCAGCCUAAGUUCACAACUGUGCGUGUAAAGGCCUUUGUAGUGAAUGAGACAAUGUGCCCCGAGCAAUAUGUGUGUGUGUUUGAACUGCAGCUCUAUGGCAAGGAAAGGGAUACUGCAGAACUUCUGGUUCUUUAUGACAUAUUUAUUUUUCUUGGGUGAUUGAUUCAUUUAACACUUUCUGUAAAAAAAAAAUACCAAAAAAAAAAAGAAAAAAGAAUAAAAUGAUAAGUAAUGGAGUAACUUCAGCCCCAGUGGUAGGUGUAGCUGUUCUGCAUCUCCUCCUCCUCCUCCUCCUCCUGCUGGCUGCAGCACGGCGGGUGUCGCUGCUGCAGCGACCACAUGAAAGGGUGGGGAAACGCUUUAUUUUUUCACGAUGAAAAUAAAAAGGCUUAGAUUACUAAACAGCAAUCAUGCAUGGGGGAGGGAUGAAUGCAAAUUUAUUGACUGUAUGAAAAAGAGAAAAGGCAUUGAAAGGAAGACUUUGUGUAUUGUGAAGUCUCAAAUAAACACUUUAUA